UUCUCAUUUUAGUCUAACCAGAGCAACCAGAGUCACAAGAGUAUUAUUUGUUAUCAGUGUUCGGCUUUGUGUUUACCUAUUUCUUUAGUCUCCCCUAACAAAGCAGUUCAUUUCUGGAUAACAGUAUCGGUAUAAUCGAAAUAAAAAUGGAGGCAGCAAUUUCUGAGGAGCUGCAAAAGAUAAACACUAUGAAGCUGAUCAUCAAUUUCUUCACAAGGGGAUUGAAGAAUUACAUUGAAGAAACGAGCGUUGCUGACGAUGAAAUGCUCAUUCUUCUCUACCAGCUUACCGAUUGUAUUGAAGAUUUUGUUUCGGAUGCAAAAGUCAUCAUAAUCAAUCACAAGGUCGACUCGGUCACCGAAAAUUUGUCUUGUGAAAAUGUAUUCGAAUGUCUUGCCUGCCAUGUACAAUUAGGGAAAACAUACUCUAGCGUUGUGAACCAUAUCCACACUGUGAAACACACUACAAAGGUAGAUCAAAACACGCUUCAGCCGAGCGCGCCAACGAGUCCUGUAACAAAGCAAAAUUUCCCGCCGAAACGUUACUUUGGAUUGAGCCCAAGCCUGUAUGACGACGGUAGUCAAUCAUUACAGCCACUUACAUUCCAAGAAUUGAAAAGUAGAAUUUCGCAAGAUGUCCAGCUGGAUAAUGAUUUGACAAUGAGGCUAAAUUUAACUAAUCCGAAUGGUGAACCUUUUCUACCGCCGCUUCCAUAUAAUCCAUUUCCGCUUCUACCGAUUGGUUUAAGUAAUUAUCUCCAACAAAACCAACCACUCGUACCGCCGCCACUUUUUCCGGUACGACAACCGAUUGAUAGCCGAGCCCCAGGACAACCAAUUGUUGGUCGAGCCCCUGGACAACCAAUUGUUGGUCGAGCCCAUAGACUAUCGGCGAAUCCAAGUCAGGGAGCUCUAAAUACUGGCAACACUAACAACCCAUCGUUCGGCCCACCGAUGAAUCUGAAUCCAGGUCAGGGCAAUAGAGCUUUAGACUUCGGUAGAAAUAACAACACACCACAUGGACCAGCGUUUAAUCCACGUAAUGGACUUUUUGACUUUGGCAGCAACGCGCGUCUCGACGGAUCGACAACCGUCUACAAGCAAGUUGUUCCACCCAAUGGAGCUGCUAUUGCAAAAAUGAAUGCCACUUCAACGAGCAAUUUCCCCCGAAACAUGAAACAUACUAACGAAAAGUCCGUUCCACCUGCUGUUGAGAAAAAACGAAAAAAACGCAAGAAGACAAAAAUCCUCGACGAGAACACGAAAUCUUUGAAUGCUGCGGCAAAAGCGUUUCUUCAACAAGAUUUCGAGCGUGAAGUAAUGCAAUAUAUCGACGAUGCUAAGAUACUGACUGAUGAACGGUUAUACGGCGACAUAGCAGGCAAUUUACUAGCUUGUUGCACGGAGAUGAAUCUUACCGCUGAGGUACGAUGCUUUGGGUCCAGAAUCAAUGGCGUAGGGACAUAUGAGUCAGAUGUGGAUUUAAACAUUUCAGUAUAUGAUUGCAUUCUCUCCGCCAACACUUUCUUGAAACGACUAGAGAAAGUUCUGAGUUCAAAAGCGUCCUGGACCAACGUGUUGUUCAUUCGAUCACGCGUGUCGGUAGUACGAGCCCGCUUUGACAACGAACUCGAUUGUGAUAUUACAUUUAACAAUGAUCUUGCCAUGGCUAACACAAAACUGAUAAAAUAUUUUUAUCACAUUCAGCCAGAAUGUCAUAAAUUGGCUGUCUUCCUCAGACUAUUGGCUAUGAAAUCGAAAUUGUAUCCAUACAUCAACAUGUACACCCUAAAUCUCCUCGUUUUCUUCUACUUCCAAGACGUUGGCUAUUUGCCAAAUGUUGUGGAUUUGAUUGAAAAAUCAUCAUCGAGAUAUUGGCCCACGGACUUUACCGAAAAAUCUUUGGAAGAACUGUCAAUCAGAGUAAACAACGAAAAGUUCAUCGACAUAUGCAUUGGUUUCAUGGACUUCUAUGCCAAUCAUGUAGAUUUUGGAAGCAACGUACUAUCAAUUUUCACCGGCCGAUCCAUACCCAGCUCUUUAUUCGGAACGACUGAUUACCAAAAAAUAAGCCACUGUUACGAUGGAUUGCUGCAAUAUAUGAAAGAUGAUCCGUCAGCUGCAGUGGUCAUAGCACAAAAUUUUAGAAUGCCAAUCAGUGUGCAAGAUCCAUUCGCACAUGAUCACAAUGUCAGUCGAUGUCUGGGAAAGUCAAUUCUUCAACAGUUCAAAGAUUGCUGUAAACAGACGCGCGAAAUUUUGCUCAAGCAUCCUGUCUCAGCGGCCGAGAAAAGUUUAGGUUCAGAGAAAGUGGUAGUUUUGAAGAGACGUACAACCGUGCCGAGGAGCUCACCUUUAAAGAGUAACUCAGCUAUGGAGAGCAGUUCAGCUUUGGAAAGCAGCUCGACUUUGAAGAGCAGCUCUGCUUUGGAGAGCAACUCAGCUUCAAAGAAAAUCUCAAUUUUGAAGAAGAAUUCAGUUUCGAAUAACAUCUCAGUUUUGGAGAAUGACUCAGCAGUGGAAAACAAUUCAACUGUGGAAAACAAGAACAACCCAGUUGUGAAGAAAAAGUCAGCUGUGAAGAACAAGUCAGCUGUGAAGAACAAGUCAGCUGUGAAGAACAACUCAGCUGUGAAGAACAACUCAUCUACGGAGAGAAACCCAGCUUUGGAGAGCACCUCAGCUUUGGAGAGCACCUCAGCUUUGGAGAGCACCUCAGCUUUGGAGAGCAACACAGCUUUGAAGAGCCGCUCAGCUUCAAAGAAAAUCUCCAUUGCGGAGGUCCUUGCAGCUUUAGAGAAGAAUUCAGUUUCGGAUAACAUCUCACUUUUGGAGAACAACUCAGCUGCGGAGAAUGACUCAACUGUGAAGAACAACUCAGCUCUGGAAAACAACUCAGCUCUGGAGAACAACUCGGCUGUGAAGAACAAGUCAGCUGUGAAGAAUAACUCAGCUGUGAAGAACAAGUCAGCUUUGAAUAACAACUCAUCUGCGGAGAGCAACUCAGCUUCAAAGAAAAUCUCAGUUUCUGAGGUCAUCGCAGCUUUAGAGAAAAAUUCAGUUUCGGAUAACAUCUCAGUUGUGGAGAACAUCAUAGAUUUAGGGAACAGCUCAACUGUAGAGAACAACUCAGCUGCAGAGAACAACUCAGGUGUGGAGAGGAGAUCAGCUUUAGAGAGUAACUCAGCUUUGGAGAGUAACUCAGCUUUGGAGAGCAGCUCAGCUUUGAAGAGUAGCUCAGCUUUGAAGAGCAGUUCAGUUUUGAAGAGCCGCUCAGCUUCAAAGAAAAUCUCAUUUUCGGAGGUCCUCGCAGCUUUAGAGAAGAAUUCAGUUUCGGAUAACAUGUCAGUUGUGGAGAACAUCAUAGAUUUAGGGAACAACUCAACUUUGGAGAACAACUCAGCUGCAGAGAACAACUCAAAUGUGGAGACGAGCUCAGCUUUAGAGAGCAACUCAGCUUUGGAAAGCAGCUCAGCUUUGAAGAGCAACUCAGCUUUGGAAAGCAGCUCAGCUUUGAAGAGCAGCUCAGCUUUGAAGAGCAGCUCAACAUCAAAGAAAAUCUCAGUUUCGGAGGUCCUCGCAGCUUUAGAGAAGAAUUCAGUUUCGGAUAACAUGUCAGUUGUGGAGAACAUCAUAGAUUUAGGGAACGAUUCAACUUUGGAGAACAACUCAGCUGCAGAGAACAACUCAGGUGUGGAGAGGAGAUCAGCUUUAGAGAGCAACUCAGCUUUGGAAAGCAGCUCAGCUUUGAAGAGUAGCACAGCUUUGAAGAGCAGUUCAGUUUUGAAGAGCCGCUCAGCUUCAAAGAAAAUAUCAAUUUCGGAGGUCCUCGCAGCUUUAGAGAAGAAUUCAGUUUCGGAUAACAUCACCGUUGUGGAGAACAUCAUAGAUUUAGGGAACAACUCAUCUGCGGAAAACAACUCAGCUGCAGAGAACAACUCACUUACGGGGAACAAUUCAGCUUCUGAUAACUGCUUAAUUUCGGAUAACACCUCAGAUGUUGAGAAAAACAGCUCAGCUAACAGAACUUUUAAAACAGCGCAACUAUAGAAAACAACUCAGCUGUGUGGAACAGCUCAACUUUAGUCAUGAACACAAUUUCGGAGAGAAGCUCAGCUUUAAAAUAGUCUAAAAGACGAGGACAAUGAUAAGAUUUACCUUGUCGACGGAUAAACUCAGGUACAUUGACUGGUUUUUUUUAUUUAAUU